UAAACAAAUACAUGCAGGAAAAACUGUAACGGACUUAUUAAAAGCAGAGAAAUAACUAUAUGAAGGAAUGUUCACUUACAAACUGUGCUGUGUACAUGGAAGAAAGAUGAGCACUACUAAGAGACGUCUUAAUGUGGACUUAAUUUAGAUUGGGACUCGUCAGUGGAGGCUUCUCUGAAGAUAUCACAGAUAAAGAGCAUGGCAUUCCUACUGACAUGGGCUAUGCAGUGGCCCCUCACCAUUCAGGCGUCUACCCUGUACAUGUUCAGCUAUAUGAAGCCUGGAAGAAGGUUUGGAAUAUUAGAAUCACCAGCACUGAAGAAUAUCCACACCUGAAACCAGCUAGAUACCGGAGGGGCUUCAUCCACAAAAACAUCAUGGUUCUCCCAAGACAAACCUGUGGGCUUUUCACUCACACGAUUUUCUAUAAAGAAUAUCCAGGAGGUCCUAAAGAGCUGGACAAGAGUAUCCAGGGAGGUGAACUUUUCUUCACUGUGGUCCUCAACCCAAUCAGCAUUUUCAUGACCCAUUUGUCUAACUAUGGGAAUGACCGGCUGGGAUUAUACACGUUCGUCAACCUGGCCAACUUCGUGCAGAGCUGGACCAACCUGAGACUUCAGACUCUGCCUCCAGUGCAGUUGGCUCACAAGUAUUUUGAGCUCUUUCCUGAUCAAAAAGACCCUCUAUGGCAGAAUCCUUGUGAUGACAAACGCCACAGAGACAUUUGGUCUAAAGAAAAAACCUGUGAUCGCUUACCAAAAUUCUUGGUAAUAGGACCCCAGAAAACUGGAACCACUGCUUUGUAUUUGUUCCUGGUUAUGCAUCCUUCCAUCCUUAGUAACUCCCCCAGCCCAAAAACCUUUGAGGAGGUACAGUUCUUUAAUAGAAAUAACUACCACAGGGGGAUUGAUUGGUAUAUGGAUUUCUUCCCAGUCCCAUCUAAUGUUACCACUGAUUUUCUGUUUGAGAAGAGUGCCAACUACUUCCACUCAGAGGAAGCUCCUAAAAGGGCGGCUUCUUUGGUCCCCAAAGCCAAGAUCAUCACCAUUCUCAUUGAUCCAUCAGACCGAGCAUAUUCCUGGUACCAGCAUCAGCGAUCACACGAAGACCCCGCAGCUCUGAGAUUCAGUUUCUACGAAGUGAUCUCAGCUGGGCCCCGUGCACCCUCUGAGCUGAGAGCCUUGCAGAAGAGAUGUUUGGUCCCAGGGUGGUAUGCCAGCCACAUAGAGAGAUGGCUUGUUUAUUUCCCCCCCUUUCAGCUGCUAAUUAUUGAUGGGCAACAGCUAAGAACUGAUCCUGCUACAGUGAUGGAUGAAGUACAGAAGUUUCUAGGAGUCUCUCCUCAUUAUAAUUACUCAGAAGCAUUAACGUUUGAUUCUCAUAAAGGUUUCUGGUGUCAGUUACUGGAAGAAGGUAAAACAAAAUGCCUUGGAAAGAGCAAAGGAAGAAAAUACCCUCCAAUGGAUCCUGAUAGCAUUUCUGUCCAGCUACUACCGCGAGCACAACGUGGAACUCUCCAAGCUGCUGCACAGACUGGGACAGCCUCUGCCAUCCUGGCUGAGGCAGGAGCUGCAGAAACUGAGAUAGCACUGUCAGAAAGCCGAAGCAUCUCCGUGGAACGCUCACCUCUCCUGGAGCUUCCCGGAGCUACCAAAAGGUGGUUUAAAAUAUACCUCUUCAAAUGAGAAAAGAAAAACAAAGUUCUUUCCAUGUGCUGGCACGUGGAUGAUUAGAAACAAAACAAAACUAAAAGUAUUUGUUAUAAGCCUUGAGGCCUAUGGCCUUUCUCUUAACCCAUAUCUGAGCCUGUGGGGUUAUUGGAGACUACUGUGCACUCAUGUGUUAAUCAAUAGCAACCAAUAUAAAUAUCAAAUACCAAUGCAGAACUGUUCCAUUUCGUAGUAAUAUUUACACUUUUAUAUAUCAACUAAGAUUAUGUCUCUGUAGACUUUUAGGCUGCUGUUUGCCUGUAGAAUGUUUUCUUAUUCUUUGAUUCUAUAAAGUGUCCUACAAAACAAAAAGUAAACAUCACAAUGUAGCAUAAAGCGCCAGAGGCCUAAUGCCCAUGAAAACUGCUUGCAAAAAUAUAAAAUCCACUGAAGUAUUUAGAAAGAAUUAUAAUUUACAAUUUGUCCUAGAUCAGAGAAUGGUAAAGUUAUAUCUGAGCUUUAUCUGCAUCGAAAAAAAAAAAAAGAUAAGUGUUAUAGAAGGAAAAAAGUGAUUUUUCAUCCACAUAGUCUAGUGCAUUUCUGUAAAAGUUACUAAUGUCUCUAUCAUUACAUAAUUAUUAUUCUGAAAGGUAUGUUGUACCAGCUAUUGGAUGGGAAAUAGAAACACACUGAGUAUACCAAAACAGUAAGAAGCAAUAUUAAGUGUACUGACUAAAUCCUCUAAAAGCAAGAAAUUGUAGGGGUCUGAAGAUAUCUGAUUGACAACUUAUGUCCCUUUGCUGUGAGCUGCAGAUCAACUCCAGUAGUCCUCACUGGUUCUACAGAAAUGUUUGCUUAGAAUCUGAGGUCUAUGUCAUCUCUAGAAACAAACUGACUUUUUAAUGUAAACAAAUUUUUCUUAAUGGUCCCAAGAAAAAAAACCUAUUAACUGAAAUCUAAGGACAGUUUCUCCAGAUGAUAUAUUGGGUUAUUUAUGUUUAAAUUACAGAAAAAUUACAUAUUUUCAGAUAAUUCAAAAUGAAAUUGUAUAAUACAGAGAUCUGUGACAAAAAACAAAUUAAUGUGUGAUUUUUAAUCUCAGAUUUGCAAUGAAUAUUACAAGGCAGAAAAAGAUAAUCAAAGCCCAGUGCCAUUUUUUUAGAACAUUUUGUACAUCACUCUCAUGGAAGACAAUAGAACACAGUUAAAUUUAUGGGUUAUCUACUAAAUUAAAUGGAGGAAGUACCAAGAUGAGCCAGGCAUGGUUCUUAAAAUAUAUUUUACACUUAAAUUUUUAAUGAUUAUAUGAUUAAUAAAGUAUUCAAAAAAAGAAAAGAAUGUCAUGCUGAUUUUCCUGUGCUUAUAUUUACUUAGUUUUUAAAUAUACUAUACACAUAAGAAAUUUAAGUAGUAAAUAAAUUCCUUGCUAUGACUAUAUAAGCUUUUAUGAAUGUUAUCAAAAGUAUGAUUAGAAAAAAAAUUAUGCCCAAAUAGUUUCAUGGCCAUUAUAAUAUAUGAAAUUGAACUCUAUCAACUAUUCACUAAUUAGAAAACAAAUUUUGAGAUACUUUCACUAACUAUUCAUUUCUAAAAUUGUAUUAUAAUAAUUAAAUGUUUUAAAGUUUUGUAUACCCAAAUGAUAAGCUAAUUUUUAAACAAACAAGCUAUUAGCAGAAAGAAUUAGACAAAGAACCAGAUUUUAAGAUCCCUGACAGUAAAAGCAAAAUCAAAGUCAUUUGGAAAAAGAUGGUAAAGUCAGUCUUCAUGCUUACCACUACCUUUUAUGAACAGCACAUGUCUAACAUACUAGAAAAUGAAUAUAGCCUUUGAUCUUCAUUAUUUUAAGAAAAUUUGCUUAAGAGGGUCAAACAUAGUGAGAAUAGGCCCCAGCAGUUACAUACGGUAUUGUGUUUUCAUUCUGACAACAUUUCUACUGAUUCAAAAAAAAAAAGGAAAGGAGAAGAAAAACAAUGCAUUUACACUUCAAGGAUGAGAUGUGCAUUUAAACUUCUAAACAAAGCUGCUAAUGGUGUAAUUCUGUCUGGAUAAACUGAGUCAACUAAACAGCUUACCCUUUAAGAAAUGUUAAAAACACACUGGAUGCUUGUGGGAUGAAAGGAGAAAAAAGAAGAGAUCAUGCCAAAAUUUACUCAUUCAUAAUAUAGAUAUUAUGCUACCUAGAGCAGCAAACCUUUGAAAGGAAUUUUGAUCACUCAGUAUAUCUGGAAGACAACUCAAAUACUAGGGGACACGCACACUUACUAUACUGCAUACUCCAGGUGGUUGUUACGCUCUUCUGAAAGUAACAUAAAUACACAUGAGGAAAGAAAGAAAUAAUGUGAUUUCAAACUAGCUUUGUAUGGCAUUCUUUUUUCAUUGCUUAAAAUAUGAAACUUCCUCAGGAAGAAAUGAAAUGGUUAUUUCAGUGUUUAUAGCUAUAAUAUUCUUGUCAUUCACAUUGAAUGAAAAUUAAUGGAAACAUUUUUUUUUCUGAGUUUUUUAAAAUAAAAAACCUGGAUAUAAUUCUGAUAGUAGCAUGGUACCUCAUAUGUAUAACAAUAAACUGUGAUAAGAAAAGAGUUUGAGCCUGGUGAUUUUAGAUAACAAGUAGGCAUUUGUUUGAUAGUUGGUGUUUGCCUGUGACCAAGUGGGAGGUGGCCAUAGAACACAGAUACCACUAAUACAAUUCAAAAUGGUGAGAUACUCUCUUUGUGCAGCGAACUCGCGCGGAGUAGAGAUGGUCCUCAGGCGGUUGGCCUGUCGCCUGCUGCGGAACCUUCCCCAGAGCAGGGGGAGGCUGCAGCCUGCGCCGUCUUUGCACAGCUACCGGCGUGCAGCUCCUGAUUCUCGAAGGAGGGUCCGAGGCACCACGAGGGAGUUAAAACGUCCACCGGUGUGUUAUUCUUAAAAGAGGGCCUGAGAGCUUUGGAAGCCCAGACAGGGCAGUACCUCUUCACAGAGAUUCCAGGCUAGCCUGGUGACUGAAGGCCUAAAGUUUGGAAUUCUCUUGGAGAAGCACUUUUGGGGUGGCUGGGAUGUCCAGGUGAUGGUUCCUGCCACUUCAGCAACAGGCUGUGACAAGAAGUGAAGAGCAAGAUGCCUUCUACCUGGGUACUAUGUUUUAGGAUUUUGCUGAUGCAGAGGAUGUCCCUUACCUGUGCUGGUCAGAUCCUUGAAACUUCACAUGUUUCCUGAGUGAACCUGUGUGAGCAGCUGUCAAACUCCGGUGGAGAGGGGGUGGGCUGCCUAGAAAUUUGGGGACCAAAAUCAAUUAGGUGAUCUUUAUUAGAAAGGUUGCAAUAAAAUGUUUUAAAGCAAAUAAAAAUAGGUGGGUCUGAGUAAAAGCAAGAAGGUACAGAAAGAUUUAGGGAUGUGAAAGUGAAUGAGCAUCACAGUUGACAUCUAAUUGUAGCUCUUUCCAGGUACAUUACAAAAAACUAAAAUUAGGUUUGUCACAUAUUGACACCAAUGUUGAGGAUUUCUAGAUGGAGUACCAUAACAUUUUUAAUAUUUGAGGUUUUAAUUAUACUAUUAACACAGUCAUCCAGUUUUCUUUUUGAUGAAUUGGUGAAAACAUAGGUUGUCUGGAUAUAUUUUUAGAAGAAUAAUACUCCUGGUGGUUGUCAGGAGCUGGGAAUGAGGAAGUGAAGAAAUACUUAAUGGGUAUUGUUUCAGUUUUACAAGGUGAAAGAGUUCAUGGGGAUGGAUGGUGGUGAUAAUUGCUCAAUGUUAUGAACAUUGUUAUUACCAAUGAAUAAUAAAGACCUGUAUAGCACAGGAAAUUCAGUCCUCUGUAAUAGCCUAUAAGAGAAGAGGAUCCCAAAGUGUUUGUGUGUAUAACUGAUUCAGUUUACUGUAUACCUAAAACUAACAUUGUAAAUCAACUAUAUCCCAAUAAAAUUUUUUUAAUGGUAAAAAA